AUGGUAUGGAAGCAAGGUAUUGACAAUUUAGCACUUCUUUGCUCAGCUAAACUGAGAAAGAUGAGAGAGCCUCCGCUCUUCUUUUUCCCCUUUGCUGGGGCGGUUUUUAUAAAAACGCCUCCUAAAAUCGGUACCGCCAAAACACCCCCAAUCUCACCCCUCUGUUGCUCUUUUCAAUCAAGAAACUCUCCAGCAGCGUCUCCAAGCUCUUAUCGAAGGAACCCUAGCUGUCUCAAGUCCCUACUAACAGUUUAUUCCCCUCACUUGGAUUCACCUCCACCAAGAUGGGUUCAUCUUGCACACGGGUUGCUUCUAUUUUUGUAUCAGACUUUUGAUGCUGUAGAUGGGAAACAAGCUAGACGAACAAACUCCUCGAGUCCACUUGGAGAACUUUUUGACCAUGGGCGUGAUGCACUUGCAAGUACGUUCGAAACCAUGGAUUUUGGGAGCACUGCCAUGUGCGGAGGGGACAGUUUCUGGUUCUGGGUAAUUUUAUCUAUACCAUUUUAUGGAGCUACAUGGGAACACUAUUUCACCAAUGCACUUAUCCUUCCUAUUGUCAAUGGGCCGACUGAGGGUCUUGCGCUGAUAUAUGGAUUGCACUUUAUGACAGCAAUUGUUGGUGCCCAGUGGUGGGCUCAGCCAUUUCAGCAAUCGAUACCCUUCUUGAGUUGGAUACCUUAUGUUAAUGAACUUCCAACAUAUAAAGCUGCUGUGUAUUUGUUGACACCAAUUGCUAUUUUACCUACAGUGGCUUGCUAAUAUAAGCAAUGUCCAUAAGAUCGUUAAGGCAAGAAAAGGAAGCAUGUUACUGGCAUUAGCAAUGCUUUAUCCUUUUGUUGUACUCAUGGGAGGAGUGCUCAUUUGGUAGUCGAUAAGCACUAAAACUGAUUUUUCACAGUUUUCUUCUUCUAUUUCAGAAGCAACACCGAAGACUAUUCUGGACCUGAUGGAUUUAGAUGGACUCAAUCUUUACCAUGUUAAGAGUCAUUUACAAGAAUUACUUGAGUUAGGGGAGAGUGUUGGAACACAAAGUCGGGGUCUCACCCAAGAACUUAUUUCAUUGCUACCUGUUUCAAAAUACAAGUGCAGCUUAUUCUCAAGGAAGAAAUCAAGGAAAGAGAGGAAAAACCAACUACACUAGAUUGCGGUCCAAGAACAAUUUGCAGAAGGCACAUAAUGGCUGGCUCCUACCUCUACAAAUGCAUGUGGGAGGCAUUGUAGCAGCGAAUAAGAAUGAUAUUGAUCAACAUGCAGUUGACACCGUAUGUGCUUUAAAUCCGAAUUCAGGUGUGAGUUUCAGAUAUUUUAUGUGCAAAAAAGUAUUAGAGUGCCUUAUGUUUGUAUGUUAGUUAAGCAGAUUAUAGAUAGAAUCUGCAGUAGGAUUACCUAAUUAGUUGAUCAAAAACUACGCCUAGUUUUGUAAUAGUCUACUUGCAUAUUUGCAUAUAUUUAAUAAUAAUCUCGUGUCAACUAA